CUCGAUCCAUUCUUUGUCCUCAAGUCCAACAGCAAAGCGCGCCCAACUUCGCAAUGAAGACAGCCACGAUCUCCCUCGAUGACCUCCCUUUGGAGGUCCUCCAGCGGAUCGCCGCUAGCCUUGGCGCAACGCACCGCCCGAGCCUCUGUGCACUGGCGAUGUCCAAUUCUUCGUGGCACAGAGCCUCACUGCCCUUCCUUCUACGGGACAUCCGCUUCGCCGUCUCUGACCCUGAGACGCUCCGAUCUCGCAUCGAUGCCGGGUCCAAGACCCUGUCUGAUUCCGCCCACCUCGUCCGCCACCUCCACAUCGAGGGCUUCCUGAACCUAACACCCCGACAACGGACGAGGGAUUCUGCGGAGCACAUCCGAAGGACCGGAAUUGCCGAUAUCUUUGGCGCCGAUAUGCCAAUUCUCCAUCGAUAUACAGAUUCGGACGAGGAGGCAGUCAUGGUGUCCGCCGAGGAGGAUGCUGCAUGGAGGCCGCUGGUUGGGCUAGUCAAAUCUUUGCCGCACCUGGCGAAGCUGAGCUACGACUGCAGCAAUCAAUUCCCACCUAGCCUGCUAGACGCCGUCCACAAGCACCACCCAAGAUGCAAGCUGCAUAUACUCUCUUUUCACCUGUGGAGUCUCACUCUGGAGCAACCUGACCCCCAUGAGAUGGCCCUCGCUACUUCUCCAUGCCUGCACAGCAUAAAAUGUUGGUACACUCAUCCCGAGCGUCAAGCCCGACACAAAUUCAACGAGAAUGUUAUAAUGGACCUCAUCGCUAGCCUCGCCCCGAAUCUCAAGGAGGUUCGUCUCGUCGGCGUUAGUCCAUCAACCUCCCUCAGCGGGAUGUUCGCGCCUACGCACGUUUGGCCUGGACUUCCGGGCUUUGAUGGUGGAAAUGCGACCAAGGCUUCGUUGACGCACUGGUCCCACGCGGGGUUGGUCCCAAUCAAUUCCGGCUCCCUCCAGAAAUGGGACAGACGCAUCGACUUUGACCACUUGCAACAUCUGGACGUGGGCGGCGGCUACCAAGCCCCGUCUAGAGUGUCUGCCGAGGCCCUCGAGUGGUUCUCUCUCAACCAUUCCUUUCCUCAGCUCAAGACUCUUCGCCUUCACCUGGAGCAUGAUGUCAGCGGCGCUGGUCCCGAUCACAACGAAACAACCAGCAGCUUUUUCGGCGCGCUGGAGCCGCUCGAAGAGCUGGACGUGUCCGGUCCGCUAACGGGCGAAAUACUGGACCGUAUACUAUCGCGACACGGGCCGACACUAACGAGCUUUGGUUUCUGCCCAAUCGAGAGAUAUGGACGCCCGCAGCCCGGGCCUAUGUCGAUGGUGUUGAGGAAGGACCACAUCAUGAAGAUCCAGGCGGCCUGCCCACGCCUAGAACACCUAGCCGUCCCCAUUCGGCGUACCAAGUCCGACCCCCGCGAGACCGAGCUGUAUCGUAGCCUCGGCAAAUUCAGGCGCCUGCGCAGCCUUUUCCUCAGGCUUGACUGCUCCAGCCCGCAUGCCGUCCCGCCCUCCGCCGAGUCCGGUACGCCCGACUACGAAGAAGACUAUUCCUUGUUUGAUGGCUACGACCGCAACCCCUUCUGGUCGGCCUCCUACAUUCGGUGCGGCGACGUGCGCAAGGCGCUCGAAAAGUCCGCUGCGGACGAGACGCUGGCGCGGUCCGUCUGGCACGUCAUCUGCGGCGCCAAGGAGGGAGCGCGGCUCCGCUGGCUCAAGCUGCACCCCGACGGCGGCUGGUCCUUUGGCAUACACGGCACCGCCCCUUACGCCAUGCGCCGGAUCGUCUCCAACCUGAGCCGCUCGUGGCUGGUUGAGCGGGGGGUCAGGGACGACGAGGCCGAGGACGACGCCGCCAUCCGCGUUAGAGAGCUGGGACGAGAGGCCAGAGAGGCUCGCGACAGGGCCUACGACGUACAGUCCCCCCAUGCCUGCAUCUGGCGCGAGUACUCGGCGAUUGACAUCUUUCAUCGAAUUUGGCCUCUCAAGGGGCCGAGGGGAGGCGCAAGCUGGCGCCAGGCCUGGAGCAGCUUCCCCUUGGCGCCCUAGUCGAGGGCUGCGGACGAGGAAGAAGAGGAAGGUGUAGGAUUGUCCUUGCAACAGGAACAGCAAUAGGAACAGCAACAGGAAGGUGUAGGA